UAGCACAUGGCUCUGGUUGAGAGGUGGAUGGUGUAUACUGGAGGUAGGUUGGUUAUGUUAGAACAUUCAGUGAUUAAAUGUUUUCAGUGUUUUAACUGUCUAUGAUGGAAAUUUGCUUAGUGAAUCCUCUCAGACCCACAAAGGAUGCACAAAAUAGCUAGUAAGCUAUACACCCUUUAAUUACAAUACACGUAUAUACACAAUAAAAUUAUAACAGUAUAGAUACAUAGUCUACAUGCACAGUACAGUUAUUAUUCUGUUGGGUUAAUUGGUGGUCUGCACAGUAGCAUUUGAAACUUGAGAUUGAGAUUGCUUGGACUUGCUCUGAGAGCAUACCCAUUUUCUGAUGGUACAAGGCAUAAAGGAGUUACAAUGUUGAUGACAUCUGGCAAAUGAAACUGAGCAGACAGGAAACUCUUAUAACUAGAGUUUCCUGUCACUGUUGUCUGCAUGCUAUAAAACUUAGAGCACUGCAUGGUGAAUUAAGAUUACUUUUUGUUGAGAUUCUCUCAACAAAAUACUUGUGCAUUGUGCCUCUCCUGCGGAGCAAUGGGUAAAUUACUGCAACUCCAAUUGACUACAUUUCUCCUGAUACUCUGUGCGGCUUAUAGCCAGUGUCAAACUCCUGCACCAAUGUGCCCCUUGUUAGAGUCACGUUUCCCAGAAUUUGGUGUGACUAUUACCUACUCCAUUGGCCCUAAUAUGCGAUUCGAUUUUACCUCUGCACAAUAUUCUCCUUGUCAAGGUGAAAGCAUAGGGACUAUCGGAAGACGUACUAGAUUUUGUGAAUUAAUUGCUGGUGAACUGGUCUGGUCAGGAGAGGAGCCAGAGUGCAGACUUCUACUUUGCGACCCUAACGAAUUAAGUAUCACAGAUGGGUUUAUAAGAUUCACUGCUGAACUACAGCCUCCUGAAGCCAACUAUCUCAAUGGUGGGUAUCUUGUUGGUACCCAAGCUUCGUAUUCCUGUAACGAAGGCUUUGUCUUAAGUAUUGGCAAUGCAAAUGAAUUUUGUCGUAGAAUCUUUACUUCAAAUGUUUUAACGGGUGCUGAAUGGAGUGUUGGAAGUCGAUCAUGUAUAAUUGUUGAUUGUGGCUCAUUGAGUGAUCCUACUAAUGGAGGAGUCAUGACAACAGGGACCAUCUUCCAAAGCACUGCUACCUACAGCUGUGACACUGGCUACACACUGCUUGGAGGUCAUACCAGAACUUGUCAGGCUAAUGAACAGUGGAGUGGAUCAGAACCUGCUUGUAAUCAAUUAGUGGUAGCGAUCAGCCCCAGCGGUCGUCCAAUGGCUGGUCAGAGUUUCUCCCUCACUUGUUCCCUGAGUGGAGGGGCCUCUCUACAACCCACCCUCUCCUACCAGUGGACGAGGGAGGGAGGGUCACUCAUGACCAGCACAGCAACCCUCAACUUUAACAUUCUAUACUUGUCAGACGUUGGUCAGUACAGCUGUCAGGUCAUCCUCCCCUCCAGCAAGUUUGAAGGGGAACACACUGUAGCUGCUCAGUACACCAUUGAUUUCAUGAGCCUACACAUUCAACUUCGUCUGGAGGGAAUAACAAACUGCAGAGUGUAUACACUGAAGAAGAUGCUGAUAUGAAAACAGAUGACAUCACCAGCCAUAUAACGCAAAGCAUUGAAAGCCUGUGUGCCUGUGGAUUUAGCUCUUCCCUUAUUUCGAAUUCAUUCAUUGUUUGUUUCGAUGACUCCCCUAGUCAUGUGACCUACCGAGCUUUGCUCACUGGAUCAGAGAGUGUAUCUGCUAUAAGACUGGCUAGGAUAAUAGAACAGUGGAUUGAGAAUGAUCCAAUCGUUGUGGUGCAGAGUGCAGGCCUCAGUGUGACUAACAGCUGUCCGGUUGUCAUUGCUAACCACAAUAGUCCGGAGUGCCCUGAGAACAUCACUAAUCGCAUAGAGAUGGCUAAUCCAACUUCAACCACCUCACCCACCUCGAGUGCAGCUGUGGCUGGUGGAGUGGUUGCUGGAGUGUUAGCCAUUGCUAUGUUAGGAAUAGUGGUGCUGUUGUUACUGAGGCACCUGAGGUAUGGAUCCAAGGACAUGAGUGAUGAGAAGGCAGGCAGCCAACCAGCAGAGUCACCCCCAGUGGUGAUGAGUCAGCUCCCCUCCGAGUCCCAUGAUUACGAGGAGCUGAGCAAACUACAGGAGGAGGCUGCUUAUGAGGUGGUGGACCAGCCCCGCCCCCCUCCUCCUGCAGGAAGAAACUACCAGCUCUCAGCCUGUGCAGCUUAUGCACCCACUGACUUCAAUACAGAGUCAGAGAAUAAGUAGAGACUAUAAUUUAACAACACAGACUGUGAUACAAAUUAUUGCAAAUUGUUUACUCAUACAUGUAUAUAGUUUGUAUAAUAAUUAUUAUGAAGGCAAA